AUGGCGCUUUCGAUUUCAACUCUGAACCAUUUCGCUUCGACACAACUCAAAUGCUUUCCUUCCAACUUCACCAUUCUCGCCUCCUCCUUCUCCUUUCUUGUUCCUUCUUCUGCCUCUUCUACCUUCUCGCCGAGGAGAUUUUCUGCGCUGGCCAUUCCCAAACGCUGUCGUUUCCGACGCGUUUCUGCCUCUGCUGCUUCUGGAGAUGACGAUUCCCGACGGGCUGGUGAACUUUCGUCCCUCUCACCUGAAGUUGUUGUUCUCAAUGUUGAGGGUAUGAUGUGCGAGGGAUGUGCAGAUAGUGUGAAAAAGCUUCUGGAGAGUCGACCUCAAGUACAUCUGCUAGCGUAAAUCUAACAGAAAAACUAGCAACAGUUUGGCCAGCACCUGAAGCAAAAACUGAAUCAAAUUGGCAUAAUAAAUUAGGAGGUGGACUUGCAGAGCAUUUAACAAACUGCGGCUUCAAGUCUAGCCUUCAAGGUAGAGAUUCAAGACCAUCAGCUUUUUUAUCGUGCCAUUCAGUUUCCAUACAAUUUUCACCGUUUCGCCACAGUUGAUGCAGUGCUAAUAUGUUUGAUUUAUGAAAUUUCAUGUGAAUGUCGAGAUAGAAUCAUGAAGCUUAUGAUAAUACUAUUAGCCUGGCACUUAUAAAUUUAAUUUCAAUGUAUCAAGGAAAGCUGCAAAGUAGACAGCUCUUAUAUCCUUCUUUAUAAACCAGGAAUCCUUCCUU